AUGCUCCCUAACUUCCCUUUCUCUGCCUCUCAAAACCAUCGCCGCUUGGCAAAUGCAAGUGCUACGCUCGAUAGGCUCCGACACCGCGACCGACACCACGACCCGGAGGACCAUUCCAAUCAUCCGCAUCUCUACGCGCAUUCCCCGCGCCCACUGCACCGCGCGCCCGCGCUCCCGCGGAGCUUCCCCGCGUCCGCCUUCGACCAUCUGUCCGCCCCCGCCGUGGUUUGCGGCGGGCGAACUGUGUCGUACCGCGACCUCCUCGCGCACGCCGCCAGGCUCGCGCGCGAGUUCCGGAAGCGUCUGCCACGUGUCGAGCCGAGGUUAGCGGAAGCGGAAGCACGGGCGGAGCAGCAGCAGCAGCAAGUGGAGGCGGCGGAUGCGGCGGAGGCUGCGGAGGCGGCGGAAGGUCCGCGGAUUGCGAUUUUUGGGCGGCCGGGGACGGACUAUGUGGCGGCGAUGUGGGCGGCGUGGGCGGCGGGGGGAGUGGCGGUUCCGCUGUGCGAAAGCUACCCUCCGGAGGAGCUGCUAUACGUCCUUAAAGACUCGGGCGCUUGCUUAGUCGUUGGGCCGGAGUCCAGCCGCCCGGUUUUGGCGCCGCUUGCAGUGGAAGUGGCGGCGGCGUUUAUCGCAUCUGACCCGCUGGAGGGCAGAGACUUGGAGGAGAGGGACGUGGAUGAGGAACGGGCGGGGAUAGAAACCAUGAAGAACGUGCCUUUCUCACAUGCAGCUGCCCUGAUAGUGUACACAAGUGGCACCACUGGUCGACCCAAGGGAGUGGUGCACUCGCACAUAGGCCUGGCUUCUCAGGUACGUGGAAUUUUGGCUAGUGUACUUCUCAGGUGCUCUGUGCUUCUCAGGUACGUGGAAUUUCGGUUACUGUACGUCUCAGGUGCUCUGUACUUCUCAGGUGCUCUGUACUUCUCAGGUGCUCUGUACUUCUCAGGUGCUCUGUGCUUCUCAGGUGCUCUGUACUUCUCAGGUGCUCUGUACUUCUCAGGUGCUCUGUACUUCUCAGGUGCUCUGUACUUCUCAGGUGCUCUGUACUUCUCAGGUGCUCUGUACUUCUCAGGUGCUCUGUACUUCUCAGGUGCUCUGUGCUUCUCAGGUGCUCUGUACUUCUCAGGUGCUCUGUACUUCUCAGGUGCUCUGUACUUCUCAGGUGCUCUGUACUUCUCAGGUGCUCUGUGCUUCUCAGGCCGGUAUGCUGGUGGAUGCGUGGGACUUCUCCCCAUCAGACCGAGUGCUCAACGUGCUGCCUCUGCACCAUAUCCGCCCAUCGCCCCCCCCCCCCCCCCCUUGCAUAAUUGCUUGCCCCCUUUCUCAACAACCCUCUUUCUCAACUACCCCUUUUCUCAACUACCCCUUUUCUCAACUACCCCUUUUCUCAACUACCCCUUUUCUCAACUACCCCUUUUCUCAACUACCCCUUUUCUCAACUACCCCUUUUCUCAACUUCCCGCUUUCUCAACUGCACCCCCCGCCCACCCCUUCCCACCCCUGCCAUCUCUCUAUCUUUCUUAA